GCACGGAAUCAGAUAAGCCCAUAUUACAAAAUCCAGCAAACCCGAGGUUUCGUUUCUUCUCUUCUCUAUUCCACUUCCCGCCGGCGGUUCAAGGACAGACGAGCAGAGCGGCGUCGGGCUUUUCUUUCCGUCCCGGCGGUUAGUGAAGUUUAACUACUCGUUGGGAGAUUUUUGUGGUCAUUUGAUGAUUGGUUUUUAGUUCUAUGAUUGCAUGUUGGUCUAUAUGUGCGCUCGAGUGGAAAAAGUCGAUCCUUUAUUGGAGGUCAUAAGAUGUUUGAAGAACUCAGAACUUCCAUCUGCUGCACAUUUGGUUUUUAUGUUUAUAUGGGUUUUGUUCAAGGUUCCAAGAAAAUAAUGCAUGUUUGAAGUCUCUUUUAACAAGAACAAGACCGAUUAUGGAUGACAAACAAAUACCCAGUUUUAGGUCCCUGACCUCCAUCAUCUUCAGUUGCUCACUGGUUUUUUCUUCUAGAAAUGCUAAAUCUUUUGGGUGGGGGAUAAAAACUGCAAGUAGCAAAAUUUUCCAGCGUAUAUGAUUGUUGCUGUUGGGUCGACCAUUAGCUUCUCUAACAAAUUUGUCCAGCAUUUUGAACCUACUGGACCUUAAUGGUAAGUAGACUUGCUGAGGUCCUGAGGAUUGGCAAUUGCCCUGCAUUUUUUAAUUUACUGGACCUUAGUUGUAAGUAGACUUGUUGAAACUAAUUUGUUAGAGAAGUUCUCGAGUAACGCUGAUGAGUUAUGAUAUACUUUGGUGGAAGUUCUCGUACAUAGUCCUCUGAAGACCAUGGCGUUUGGUUUUCAUUUUGGGAUGAUAAUGGUGUCUAUUUUGUGGAAUUUUAUAGCAAUUAUCACUCAUAUGAUGUGUCUGCGAAUUCAGUAAGUGUGCUGAUUGAAAAUUUUCUUACAUGAUUUAGUGUCUCUGUACCCCCCCUAAGUCUGUCCUUAGAAAUGUGAUGUAUUCACUUAGGUUGCUGAGAUUUACUGUUCGUAUCUAUCAAUACCAGGAGAUUUCAAAUGUCUUCAUUCUGAGUGAAGAGCACCCGGUAGGCUUAUUCACAUCAUAACUGUGCAGAGAUUGAUCCAGGUCUCAUAUUUUUGCCUUCUUCCUUUAUCCUUCUUCCCCUUUACGAUACAUAAAGUAUGAGGGCUUGUAGUCGUAGGCUAGCUGCUUUAGAGUGUAAUGAGAAGAAGUUUGAGCAAUGAAGAGCGAUUGUCUACUUUAGUUUCACUAGACUUCUUCUGCCACCCACCUAGUUUUGUAGAUGUAAUGAUUUCCUGAUGAUGGUUUUGUUUUUGUUGUUUAUUUGCCUCUUCUCUUCACUAUGUGUUUAUUUUACCUGGUGUUCGUUUAUGAAGGGUAAGGAAAUAUCAAAAUGGCCAAUAGUAAAUAUGAGUACGUGAAGUCAUUUGAAGUUGAAGAUGAAAUUGCCCUUCCCAAUGUCAUUGUUGUUCAACUUCAUGGUCGUGAAUUUGUAAGAUUCUGCAAAGCUCACGAGCUAAGAAAGCCUUAUGAUGAAGAGGCCUUGGAGUUGAUGAACUCAUGUGCCGAAUUCGUGCAGAGAAAAUAUCCAGAUAUACUCUUUUCUUAUGGAUUCAAUGAUGAAUACAGUUUUGUCUUCAAGAAGAAAACCAAGUUCUAUGAGAGGCGAGCUAGCAAAAUUUUAUCCCUGGUUACAUCAUGUUUCACUUCAGUAUUCGUCGACAAGUGGAAAGAAUUUUUCUCAGAAAGAGAACUGAAAUAUCCUCCUUCAUUUAGUGGACGAGUUAUUGUUUGUGCAACUGUUGAUGUUCUUCAACAUUAUCUUGCAUGGAGACAACAUGAAUGUUAUAUAACAAAUCAGUAUCGUGCUUGUUUUUGGGCGUUGGUUAAUCAAGGGAGAACUGAAAAGGAAGCCGAAGAGAUUUUGAAAGAUACUAAAAAGCAAGACCAAAAUGAGAUGCUUCAUCAACAAUUCAAUAUCAAUUACAAUAAUCUCCCAAAAAUAUUCCGCUGGGGUUCUUGUGUCCUACUCAUGGAGGUGGAAGCUAUUGUAAAGUACGAUAAGGAUGGAUGUCCUAUUACAAGAUUGAAAAAGCAAAUAUCAACAGUCCAUUCUCAAGAUAUAGCUAGAAGAACCUUUUGGAAUCAGAAACCAAGUCUUGUAAAAGAACUGGGUUCUUUUGUGGAAGAUAUCAGAAGAAUCGACAAAGACUAUGUCAAGUAUUUCCAGUCCAAAAACAAGUUGAUGCCAUAUACUUGGGGAGUCAUAAGAAUCGAUGGAUGCCAUUUCCACAAAUUUGCUGAUGUCCAUAAGUUCGAGAAGCCAAAUGAUGAACAAGCUUUGAAGUUAAUGAAUGAAUGUGCAGUUGGUGUUCUGCAUGAGUUCCGAGAAGUUAUAUUCUCAUAUGGUGUUAGUGACGAGUACAGCUUUAUAUUAAAGAGAAGCAGUCACCUUCAGAGAACCCAUCCUAGCGAUAUUGUGUCUUCUGUAGUAUCAUUCUUUACAUCCAUGUACAUGAUGAAAUGGAAGGCCUUCUUUCCAUUGACAGAUCUAGUUUGUCAGCCCUCAUUUGAUGGAAGGGUUGUCUGCUAUUCAUCAACAGAUAUCCUGCGAGAUUAUUUGUCAUGGAGGCAAGUAGAUUGCCACAUAAACAACCAGUAUAAUACUUGUUUCUGGAUGCUGGUUAAGUCUGGAAAAAGUAGAAGUGAGGCGCAGCAGAUAUUAAAGGGUACUCAAUCACAGGAGAAAAUGGAACUGCUUGCUAAUAACUUUGGUAUUGACUACAAUACUAUAGGGCAAAUGUUACGCCUUGGUUCCUCAGCUUUCUGGGAAGAGGAGAAUGGCUGCAGCAAGGUUGUCGUACAACACUGCAACAUAAUUGAUGAUAGUUUUUGGGAGGCACAUCCUUACAUUCUUGCUUAGCUCUUCCAAUAAUUCUGAAAUUCAGUUCAGUCUAAGGUAUGCGCUUAGGUUCAUUAUCUAAGCAUGAAACAUAUUCCUGCUAUGUUAUAGAGAAAAAUCUUCCAAUUCUGUUCUUAAAAUUAUGAUAAUGGCUGCAUAUUGAAAAUGUUUCGUUUUGUUCCUGUCUUGACGCUGGCCUUAGAAGUUCGCUUAUGAACUCACAAUGGCGAGCCAAUUGCUUCUGAAAGGUGCAAUCAAGUGCAAUAUGUUGAUUGCAGGCUGCCAACUAGAGGUCAAUGGUGCAUGAAGAUAUUUUUAUGGAGAUCACUAUCUCAAGUUGUCAUGCAUGAGCUAAUACGCUAGCCUCUCUUUAGGAGUGAAGGUGCUCAAGUGUAUUGGCUGAUAAUUAUGCCAU